AUGCGCGGGAAUCGGGCUCGAAGAACGAUCGUCUUCAAGUUCAUGAUGGGCCACGACUUUGGCUAUGGCGACGACAAGGCACCUCCUCUGCCGCCACGCACGGCAGAGCUGGCAAAGCCUGUUGCAGUGCCGGCAACGUCCUCAUCGCUCGGCUCGCCAUUCCUCCGCGCCUAUCCACCAGUGCUUCACGACUUUGGCAUCUCACGCAACGUCUUCCUCACCUUUCUCGACGACCUGAACCGCGUCGCUGUGCGCAGCCCCCCGCUGAUCAUGGUUAGCGCCGCGUGUGGCGUGGCCAACUUUGUGCCUGAUAUCACAACCCAAGCCGUCGCCCUAGGGAUCGACGUGACGGCCAACGCAAGCAUGUACGCGCUGAGCAAGGGCCGGACGGAGAUGAUGCUUCGAAGGGCCAACCGGGACAUCUUCCACCGACAUGGACUAAAGGUGCAAGUGGCCAAGCUAGAAGCUGUUGCGCUCCUUGCGGGGAUGCCGAUACUAGACGAGGACAAUGUCCUCCUUAAAGAUGCGGCCAUCCUCGCACCUCACGAGGAUAUCCACGAGCUGCACACCCUGUCUGGCCAGGAGAGACGGCUCAAGACCCUCCAGCCUUGGCUAUCACCGCUCGACAUCGAAGACCUGCCCGAGAUGGAGGAGAGGAGGGUGGGCGUCGGAAAGAUGUCCGUCGCGCUCAGUGAAUGGCAGCGAGGUCACGGCGAGAAGAAGCUCAUGACUGACAGGAGGAAGGCGCUGGACAAGAAAACGGAGAGCAUCCAAAAAGCCGAGAAGCGAUAUCAAGACGACAUGGAGUCAAUUCUUAAACAGGAGACCAAAGUAGUGGCUUCGCAAGGGCAGCGCACAGAGGAGGACCGGAUCAAGCUCCAGGAGAAGCGUCGGAAAGCAGUGGACAGACGGGAGACCGACCUGUACGACGCCGAAAGAAGAUACACCAAAGGCAACAAGGAAGAAAAGGGCAUCCGCAGAAUCUACUUCCUGCUUCUGACUAGAUCAGACGAGGAUCUUGGCGGCAUGGAUGAACUGAUGGCUAGGGCUGAGAGUGAAGACGAGGCGGAUAGUGGUCACAAACGGCAAUGCCGCAGCACAGAGAGGGCGGACGUCCCAAAGGGGGCAAAACCGUCUACUGGCGCGAGCUAA